AUGCCCGGCGAGACUCCUUCACCUCCACCACCCCCUCCGGCAUCUUCGGAACUCGGUGCAGAGGAUGAUAUGGGCAUGCUCCAUGCAUACCGGCCUCCGGAUGGGUCAGCAGAGGCUCGUCUUGACCCCCUUCCGGCUGUCUCUGGCCUGUGGCAGGCCUCAGGGGCGGACGUGGAGGGGGCCGGCUUCCUCGAGUUACCUCACUCGACAGCCGUCCUCAACGCAUCCUCAUCGCCUCUGCCAUUAUCGGCAGAGCUUCCAGCACCAGUGCAGAUGCAUCACGGCUUCGACAUUGGGCAACGGCUCGAUGACUCUCCUCACCUGCCGACCGGUCUUGGCGGCAAUCCUUGGAGUCCAAGCAGUGGCUGGCUCGAGACGAUUCUCAACACCACACACCACGGCAGCAGUAUUGAUCUGUAA